UUCUCCACAUCUCAACUCCGCAUAGCUCUCUCUCAAUUCUUACCUCAUUUUCUACAGUUGCUAACCCUGCCUCGGAUAUUUCAGUCCAUAAAUUUAUAAUGGCUUCUUCAGUUUGCACCAAUCUAUUAUUUCAACUACUCCUGGUCAUCUCCCUAUUGCAUUUCUGCUUGGCGGCGAGGAGACUCGUUGAGUCAGAUGAAACCCAAAACACACUGCUUUUCCAAUAUCACAAUGGCCCUCUUCUUACUGGCCAAAUUUCUAUAAAUCUGAUAUGGUAUGGCAAAUUUAAGCCAUCUCAACGAGCCAUCAUCUCAGAUUUCAUUACCUCCCUUUCUACUUCCAAUCCCACGACGGCGCAACCGUCCGUUUCCAAGUGGUGGAAAACCACCGAAAAAUACUACCACCUCGUUAACACCAAGAAGCCUUCCGGUCUUGUCUUCUCAUUGGGUACCCAGAUGGUCGAUGAGAGCUACUAUCUGGGUAAAUCACUCUCGAAUAAGCAAAUAGUUGAGUUGGCAUCGAAGGGAGGCCAGCAAAAUGCCAUUAACGUGGUUCUGACCUCAGCGGACGUGACCGUGGAAGGGUUCUGCUCCAGCAAAUGCGGUACUCAUGGAUCUUCCGAGGGGGCAUCCGUGAAGGGUAAGACCUACAGGUUUGCUUACAUUUGGGUUGGCAAUUCGGAGACUCAGUGCCCGGGACAAUGCGCGUGGCCAUUCCACCAGCCCAUCUACGGGCCCCAGAGCCCACCUUUGGUUGCUCCCAACAACGACGUGGGUCUGGACGGCAUGGUCAUCAACCUGGCUAGCCUUUUAGCCGGUACAGCCACCAACCCUUUCCGUAAUGGCUACUUCCAGGGUCCAAAGGCGGCGCCACUCGAAGCUGCGUCGGCUUGUCCUGGUGUGUAUGGCAAGGGAGCCUACCCCGGCUAUGCUGGGGACCUUUUAUCGGACCCCACAACUGGUGCUAGCUAUAAUGCAAAUGGUGCUAAUGGAAGGAGAUACUUGCUUCCAGCUCUGUUCGACCCCCUUACCAAAACCUGUUCCACUCUGGUCUAAUAGAAGAUCCUGUAACGUGCAAAAAUGUAGCCCAUUAAUGUAUACAUGAUAGUGGACCGUAGAAAAUAGAGAUAAGAAAGAGAUUUGAUUGUUUAAUUCAUUAUUUAUUUUGUAAUCCCAUGAAAUGAUAAAACUUUCCAUUAAAUUUAUUUA